AGUGGCAACGGACAAGUCACGAGUUCCACGCCAAAGUCGAGAAGGACGUGUGCUGCCUCACAUGGCAACGUGGGGCUUAAAAGCGUAGGUUUCAAUUACGAUUUUUCUCCUCGCUACAGGACCUAAAAGCUCACCCCCCUAAAUUAAAAUGAGAGCACAAAGGAAAGUGAUAAUCGAAGAUUUGAAACCAUGAUCUCGCAGUUGUUCGUGCUCUCUCAGAGAGGCGAUAGCAUCGUCUUCCGUGACUAUCGUGGUGAAGUGCCCAAAGCAACUGCUGAAAUAUUUUUCCGCAAAGUUAAGUUUUGGAAAGAGGAUGAAGAAGGGGACGCUCCACCUGUCUUUAAUGUGGAUGGUGUGAACUACUUUCAUGUGAAGGUUGCUGGGUUGCUAUUUGUUGCAACAACAAGAGUUAAUAUCUCACCUUCACUUGUUCUGGAAUUUCUUCAAAGAAAUGCACGUGUAAUCAAAGAUUACCUUGGUGUUCUCAAUGAAGAGUCACUGCGCAAAAAUUUUGUGCUCGUGUAUGAGCUGCUGGAUGAAAUGAUUGAUUUUGGUUAUGUUCAAACAACAUCAACUGAGGUUCUGAAAUCCUUUGUAUUUAAUGAGCCAAUCAUGAUUGAUGCUGCAUGUUUGCCCAGCCUUGGUCCUGCUUCCAUCUUUGUGCAAGGGGCCAAAAGAAUGCCUGCAACAGCUGUAACCAAAUCUGUUUUAGCCAAUGAACCUCGUGGCAGGAAUAGAGAGGAAAUUUUUGUAGAUGUAAUCGAGAAAAUAAGUGUCACAUUCAGCGCUAGUGGAUACAUACUUACUUCUGAGAUUGAUGGCACGAUCCAAAUGAAGAGUUACCUUACUGGCAACCCUGAGAUUCGGCUUGCUUUAAAUGAAGAACUAAGUAUAGGAAGAGGUGGAAGGUCAAUCCAUGACUACGGUAGUUCAUCUGGAGCAGGGACACUGAUUCUGGACAAUUGUAAUUUCCAUGAAUCAGUACAUCUUGAUAGUUUUGACAUUGACAGGACUUUGGCUAUGGUAGCGCCAGAUGGUGAAUUUUCUGUCAUGAACUACCGAAUGACUCAAGAGUUUAGACCUCCAUUCCGAAUUAAUGCAUUAAUUGAAGAAGUGGGAUCCAAGAAGGUGACUAAAGCUUACUUGAGUUUGCAAUUCUAAGGGCUCCUUAGAACUUCAAACCAA